CUCACUUUCACCUCAUUCUUUCUCACUUUUACCUCACUCUUUCUUCCUUUCUUUGUCCUAUCUCUUUCCCUACUCUUGAUACCUACACAAUUGAGAUCCACAUUCACAUCUAUUGCAUAUUUUGUCCCCUUCAUUUGCACGUGUGCUAUCUGAUACCAUCGUGGGCUUUCUUCUUUCUACUUUCAUAUUCAUAGAGCACAGUUUUCUAAUCUCGAAAAUACAUCCUUUACAACCAUGAACUCAACACAGCACGACCAUUCCUCUCCUAUUCAUCUCUCCGCUCUGACCUCGAGAGAGUCUCAACAGCAGCAGCCACAGCAACAACAAACUAUGCAGUCAUUGGCCAAAGUUACAAAUGCUAAUAAGAUCCAGCCAUAUAGUUCAAAUGAAAAGAUCCUCGAUUUGGACCAGCAAGGUAAUAAACAACCAGACCAGCUUCAACAGCCACAGCCACAACCUCAUCAGUUGGAACCACUACAAAGAUCUCAGCAGCAUGAAGGUAGUGAUCCGGAGAAACAGACCAUUGAGCCUUCAGGCAAAAAACUUACGCUCGCCAAUCUUGUGGAUCGAGUACGUGUUGCUCAACAACAAGAACAACAGCAGCAGCAGCAUCAAUUGCCUGAGACGCAACAGGGACAACCUCUCCAUCCCUCAACAAUUACGAAUGAUCAUCCAUCGCAUCAGCCUGCUCCCACGCAUACCUCAGAGCCAAUACACCCUUUAGAUCAUGUAGAUUCUUCACAUACCAAGCUGACGCCACGGAAGCAUUCCUCUCGUCCAACCUCGAUAGUUCACAAUGCAUCUGAAGAUUCUGACCACCACAAGCACCAUCUUCAUUUUCAGAGGCGUCGCAGCGGUGAAAGCCACGGAGAUAGAGGGCAUUCUGCCCACCUAUUCCCAAAGAUCUUUAGCAAGGACGGUGUUCGAAAUGCUCUAAAGCUGAAAAGUGCUACUACUGCCUUUACAAAAUCAAGGGACUUAGGUAAUGUUGAGAUCCCCGUUGCAGCCAUAGAAGUAACAGGAUCCGCUAUCCCUGCACUCUGGCUUCGAAGAGAUGAUAAAGGCCGUCGACCGCCUCCUGUAAUCUUCCAGAUGCUUAAGGUUGCGGUGACUGAUUCUAAAAUUGAACCCGGUUUGGCUAAACACAUUAUCUUCCGUGUUGAACUUCAGUAUGGUGAUGUUAAAUGGGUUAUCUGCAGAACUCUAUAUGAGUUUUAUAAGCUCCAUCUCAUCCUCGCUGCUAAGCGUUUCGAGAACCUCCCCAGCUUCCCAAACCAGCUCACAUAUGCCUUCUCAAUAGCAAAAGCCAGUUGGGGUAUGGAGGGCCAGGAAAAAAUGAACUAUAUACGUGAAACAAAUUUUACUCGACGCCGUGCACUUCAAAACUAUCUCUUAGAAGUCCUUCAAAAGCUCAACUGGACGAUUGCGUAUGAUCUAUACGAGUUUCUGGAAAUCUCCGCCAUGUCAUUGACUAAAGAUAUGGGUUGGAAGGGUAAAGAGGCAUAUGUGGACACCAAAGUCACGGAUAGUUCGCGUACGAUCUGUGGCUUUAAAGGAAUUUCGCGCUGGGAAAAGAAUUGGGCGAUUCUGCGUGAUUCUUACAUGGCCUUCUGUUCGAGUGUUGGAUCUGAGGAAAUGACGGAUGUGUUCUUGUUUGAUCAAAACUUCUUUGUUGAACAAAAAGGACAUUCUCUCGGAUUGAAUAUGCAUCAUAUCGAAAUUGGAAAUAUGCAUCGAAGGAUCGAGAUUAAAGGAGAUCAUAACAGAGAGAUAUUAGAAUGGAUGGAGCACUUCAAUAAGAUGAAGCAGGCCAGUCCUUGGGUCAGAUCUCACCGGUUUGGCAGUUUUGCUCCUCAAAGAGAGAAUGCAAAAGUACGAUACUAUGUCGAUGGAAAGGAUUACUUCCAUGCAGUGUCGGAUGCGAUCAUGGCGGCCAAGACAGAAAUCUAUAUCUGUGACUGGUGGCUCUCCCCUGAACUGUAUCUCCGCCGCCCUCCAGAAAAGAAUGAGGAAUUCAGACUGGAUCGAUUGCUGAAAAAGAAGGCUAUGGAAGGCGUCAUGAUCUACAUCGUGGUUUACAAGGAAAUUUCGCUUGCCCUAUCUCUCGAUUCUGCGCAUACGAAGAUCUGGCUCCAAAAUCUUCAUCCAAAUAUUCAAGUCCAACGCCAUCCCGAUCAUAUCAGCGUGAAUGCAACACAAUUUUGGGCUCAUCAUGAGAAAAUCUGUGUCAUUGAUUGCCGACUGGCUUUCAUUGGUGGUUUAGAUCUUUGUUUUGGGCGUUAUGACAGUAGAACACAUCAGCUUUCGGAUUAUCAUCCCUCUGGAAAGAGUGUUAUUUGGCCUGGCCAGGAUUACUCAAACCCGCGCAUCAAGGACUUUGUGAACGUCAAAAAAUACAGCACCAAUAUAAUUGAAAGAAAGCUCCUUGCGCGUAUGCCAUGGCACGAUGUGCACAUGAGCAUGGUAGGGCAAGUGGCGCGUGAUGUCGCUCGCCAUUUCGUGCAAAGAUGGAACUUUGUGAAAAAAGAAAAGGGCAUGAAGAAAUCGCACAUGAAAUUCUUGGCACCCAAGGGUGAGUUUGUGAGUACACGUAAUGAGAGGGGAUGGACAGGUUCACAAAAGGUGCAAAUAUUGAGGAGCAGCACUCUUUGGUCCCAAGGCGUGAAUCUGGAACGCUCUAUCCAAGAUGCAUACUUGAGUAGCAUUGAAAAUGCAGAGCAUUUUAUCUACAUUGAAAACCAGUUUUUCGUUACUUUGGCUGCUGAGAAUGGCAACGCAAGUAUCAAGAACACGAUCGGUAUUGCGCUGGUAAACCGCAUUUUGCGUGCGCACAGAGAGCGUAAAAAAUUUCGUGUGGUUGUGGUCAUGCCACUUAUGCCUGCUUUCGAAGCCGAUAUAAUGGCUGGCGAUGCGGGUACGCUCCGCAAAAUCAUGCAUUUCCAAUACGUCUCGAUCUCCCGUGGCGGGAACUCGGUGUUGGAGCGAUUGAUCGCUGAAGGGGUCGAUCCGGACCAAUACAUUGGCUUCUUUGGUCUUCGUAGUUUUGACAGGAUCAAACAUGGAAAAUUCGAUGCAAUUGUUGAAGCAGUCAAGGAGGCAGAAAUCAAGCAACGGAGGGAGAGAGUGAAGCUCGCACAGGAUGGGCAACAGCAAGAGCAGCAGCAACCAUUACAUAUGGAAGAUAGUGCGAAUCAAGAUGAAGAUGCAGCUGUGAAAGCAGAUAGUCUACUGGAUGUGGAUUCGGUGCUGACCGACGAUGAUUUAAUAGAAGACAGCUCGCUUGCAUCCAAGUUUCUUCUGCAACCGAUCCCAAAGGAUGAAGAGGCUAAAAGAAUUAAGGCUAUUGCAAGCCAACGCAAGGCUCUAGAUGAGCAGAGGACAUGGGAUGAAAGUAUAACAAAACAUGCUAUGAGCCCAGCUACGAAGGAACUCGGAUAUGUCCCUGCUACGACCGAAACUUCAUUAGCGGAUAAAGAGAUCAACGAAGAGAUCCAACGUGAAACCAUGGAAGCAGAGAUUGCUGCUGGAGAGCACAACUUCAGAAGAGUAGGAGAAAAGGGUCCUAGACUACUGGAUGGACUUGGAACCAUGAUGCAUUCAGCAAUUGAAAAGAUUAAGGGCACUAAACAAGACGGCAACCUGGAGCCGCUACAUCGUCGGGUUGGCCAAAAGCCCAAAGCACAGCGCCUGCGUCACCCGAUUCGACACCAUCGUCACCAUCACCACCACCAUCACCACGGCCAUAGCGAACAUUCCGACGAUGAUGAUGCGGAUUCUGUGGAGUUGGAGCUGGAAGAGUUACGAGAAAAAGGUUUUAUACGCGGAUAUGAGGACUUUGGUAAAGAAGUUGCGCCUAAACCUGCAUGGGACGAGAAAGAGGUCGCUACUCAUGAACCCAAAUCGACUGUCGAGUCUGCUCCUACUGCCAGCACUACUGAAGUUGGUGAGCAGAUUGGAGCUGGCACCUCUGUCAGUGGUGGUGCAUACCCCGCACGUCAUCCGAAAGCGGACAUACCUGAAGUUAAGGUGGAGAAGCCGAUCGUGGAUGACGAAGUGGAUGACUUUGUAACAGAACAACUCUACAUCCAUAGCAAGUUGAUGAUUGUUGAUGACAGGAUUAUUAUUUGUGGAUCAGCUAAUAUCAACGACCGUUCGCAGCUUGGUUACCGUGACUCUGAGAUUGCAAUAAUCAUUGAGGAUACUGAGAUGGUUAAAUCGCGUAUGAAUGGUGAACCAUAUCAAGCUGGUAAGAUGGCUCAUACUCUUCGCUGUGAUCUUUUCAAGGAGCAUCUCGGACUACUGCCCCAUGUGGAGCAUGAUGUUGUGACUAGUGCCUCAGUAUUGCCUGUAGAUCUAAACGCGCCUGAUCGAGACCCAGAAGAAAUGCGUUUAGAGCUUAUUCGUAAGGUGAAUGAGCAACAGCAACACCAGCAGCAACAUCAACAGCAAAAUCAAAAAGAAAUUCAGUCUUCAUCGGCGACUGGCGCUGGGUUGGACACACUGCUAGAACACUUCAAGAAACCUCAGUAUCGCUUCAGUGAUGGCGUCGGCCAUCUCGAGAUCCAUGAACCCGAUGCUGAAGAAAGCGAAGCGAUCAAACGCUGGCAUCGUGCUGCUGCUGGCGCUGGCGCUGCUGCUGGCGCUGACGCUGCUGCUACUACUGAUCCUUCUGUUGAUGAAAAUAACAGUGGCUCGGCUGAAUAUGGGUCCGCUAAAGGGGCUGUUGCUGCUGAUCCACAUACAGCGGAUCGGAUUGUUAUGGACCCGAUCCACGACUCGUUUUAUGAGGGUUGGUGGAGACGUGUAGCAACUUUGAAUACGGAGAUCUUCCGAGAAGUCUUUCGAUGCGUACCUGAUGACACGGUCGAAACUUGGGAUGAGUAUAGAGCGUUUGUCCCCGACCCUAAAAAAGUCCUUACGGGUCAUGUGGCCAUGGAAGGCGCUACGGUCGAGAAAGUCACUGAGCGAUUACAGAAAGUGACGGGGCAUUUGGUCGAAUUUCCUACAAGAUUUUUGUGCAGAGAAAAUUUGCUUGGAGGCGUAGUUGAAGGCGCAGUUGUACCAAUGGAGAUUUUCACAUAGAGGCAAAUACCAAUAUAUUUAUUUUAUUCUCCUUUUUGAGAAAACUCGUG